AUGGCUGCCGCCGGUCAAGACGACAGCAAGAGUCGAGAGGACGUCUCGAGGAGGCGGAGCUGUGAAGCCGGGGCCAAAGACGCCAAUUCGGCGGGCGACAUGAUUUACACCAUCGAGGAUGUGCCGCCCUGGUACCUGUGCGUCUUGCUGGGCCUGCAGCACUACCUGACCUGCUUCAGCGGGACGGUGGCCGUGCCCUUCCUGUUGGCCGAGGCCAUGUGCGUGGGGCGGGACCAGAACGUUGUCAGCCAGCUCAUCGGAACCAUUUUCACCACUGUGGGAAUCACCACGCUGGUGCAGACCACCUUGGGAGUCAGACUUCCUCUGUUUCAAGCGUCGGCUCUGGCUUUCCUGAUUCCCGCACAAGCCAUUCUCAGCUUGGAGCGCUGGACCUGCCCCAGCCAAGAUGAGAUUUACGGCAACCGGAGCCUCCCGCUGGAUACGGCCCACGUUUGGCAGCCUCGCAUCAGAGAGAUCCAGGGCGCCAUCAUGGUGUCCAGCACGGUGGAGGUGGCCAUCGGUCUCCUCGGGCUCCCCGGGGUCCUGCUGGAUUACAUCGGGCCGCUGACCGUCACGCCCACCGUCUCGCUCAUCGGCCUCUCCGUCUUCACCACGGCCGGCGACCGGGCCGGCUCGCACUGGGGCUUCUCGGCGCUGUGCAUCCUCCUCAUCGUGCUGUUCGCUCAGUACCUGCGGACCACCUCGCUUCCUUUCCCGGUCUACAGCAGGACGCGUGGGCUGAGGUUCAGCAGGAUUCACGUCUUCAAGAUGUUUCCCAUCAUCCUGGCCAUCGUGCUGGUGUGGCUCCUGUGCUACAUCUUCACCCUCGGCGACCUCCUGCCCAGCGACCCGAGGGGUUACGGCCACCGGGCCCGCACCGACGCCCGCGGGGACAUCCUGACCUCCGCCCCCUGGUUCAGGGUGCCGUACCCCUGCCAGUGGGGGCCGCCCACGGUGACGUUGGCGGGCGUGCUGGGCAUGUUCAGCGCCACCUUGGCGGGCAUCGUGGAGUCCAUCGGCGACUACUACGCGUGCGCUCGGCUGGCCGGCGCGCCGCCGCCUCCGGUCCACGCCAUCAACAGAGGGAUCUUCAUCGAGGGCAUCUGCUGCAUCCUUGCCGGACUGCUGGGCACGGGUAACGGCUCCACGUCCUCCAGCCCCAACAUCGGAGUGCUGGCCAUCACCAAGGUGGGCAGCCGUCGCGUGGUCCAGUACGGCGCCGGCAUCAUGCUGUUGCUGGGAUGCGUGGGAAAGUUCACGGCUCUCUUCGCGUCCUUGCCGGAUCCCAUCCUCGGAGGGAUGUUCUGCACGCUCUUCGGGAUGAUCACGGCGGUGGGUCUGUCCAACCUGCAGCUGGUGGACCUCAACUCCUCGCGGAAUCUCUUCGUGCUGGGCUUCUCCAUGUUUUUCGGCCUGACGCUGCCCGCCUACCUGGACGCGCACCCCAAGUGCAUCCGGACUGGCGCGGAGGAGCUGGAUCAGAUCCUGACGGUUCUCCUGUCCACCGAGAUGUUCGUGGGAGGUUUCCUGGCCUUCUGCCUGGACAACACCAUACCGGGGUCGAGAGAGGAGCGCGGGCUGUCGCGAUGGAGAGCCAUGACUUCCUCUUCGUCCUCUACGCCGACCUACGACUUUCCGGCGGGGAUGGCGGUCGUCCGACGGGUCCGCUGGCUCAGGAGACUGCCCGUCAGUCCCACCUUCAGAGGGUGGAGCUCUUCCCGAGAGCCGGCCGGACGAGGGGCGGCGGAGGCGGGGCUUCGCGAGGAAGACGCCGACCUGUCCACCAAAGUUUAA